UUAACUUCCGCGGGCAUCGCAUCCAUCCAUUUUAUAUUAAUGUCCUUCAACAACCGCAGGCAUCGCGCUGCAGCUAACGAAAGUUGGGCCACCAUGUGUUUGCCCAGCGGGAACGAUGAUGGUGGAGGCGCCGCUCCCGGCGGCAACGUUGACUUCCACCCGACCACCCCCUCCCAGCGCACCGCCACCGCGUGGGACAUGGCCAGCCUGUGGAUCGGCCUCGUGGUGGGCGUCCCGUCCUACUACUUGGCCGGUAGCCUCGUCGAGGCCGGCAUGUCCUGGUGGCAGGGCGUGGCCGUCGUCGUCGCCGCCAAGGUCAUCCUCCUCGGGCCACUCCUCGCCGCCGCGCAGCCCGGCACCCGCUACGGCGUCCCGUUCCCGGUCCUCGCCCGCGCCACCUUCGGCGUCCGCGGCGCCCAUGUCGUCGUCCUCCUCCGCGCACUCGUCGCCUGCGGCUGGUUCGGCAUCGAGACCUGGAUCGGCGGCCAGGCCGUCUUCCUCCUCCUCCCGGCUUCCCUCCGCCUCUCCCCCUACGCGACGCCGCUCCCGUGGCUCGCCACCUCGCCGCUGGAGCUCGCAGCCUUCCUCCUCUUCUGGGCGGCCCAGCUCGUGCUGCUGUGGAAGGGCAUGCAUGGCAUCAGAGCGCUACAGAAGAUCUCAGCUCCCAUUCUUGCACUGCUCGCCGCUUUGCUCUUGGGCUGGGCUUACUGCAGCGCCGGUGGGUUCGGCCCCAUGCUCUCUCUGCCGCCCCGGCUGUCGCCACCCGAAUUCUGGGCACUCUUCUUCCCGUCGCUCACCGCCAACGUCGGCAGCUGGGCGGCGGUGGCACUGAGCAUCCCGGACUUCUCUCGCUACGCCAGGAGCCAGGCGGACCAGGUGGCGGGGCAGCUGGGCCUCCCCCUCUACGUGGGAGCCUUCGCCUUCGUCGGCCUCGCCGUCACCUCCUCCACGAUGGUCAUCUUCGGUCGGGUGGUCUCCAACCCCAUCGAGCUCCUCUCCAUGAUCGACGGCACGCUGGCCAAGCUGCUCGCCGUCCCGGGGAUAACCCUCGCCGUGGUCACCACCAACAUCCCCGCCAACGUGGUGGCUCCGGCCAACGCGCUGGUGAGCUUCCGUCCGGCCACCUUCAGCUUCAGGGGCGGCGCGCUGCUCACGGCCCUGACGGCGAUCCUCUUCCAGCCAUGGCGGAUCUUUAGGUCCACGGACAGCUUCGUAUACACGUGGCUCGUCAGCUACUCGGCGGUCAUGGGCCCGAUAGCCGGCGUCCUGCUCGCGGACUACUAUGUCGUGCGGCGGAUGGAGCUCGACGUGGAGGAGCUCUACUGGAGCAGCGCGGCGGGGAGGUACUACUACACCGGGGGAUACAACGUGGUGGCCAUGGCGACGGUCAUGGCCAGCCUCGCGCCGGUAGUCCCUGGCUUCCUUCACAAGGUGAGGGUGGUGAAGUCUGUACCGGGAGCGCUCGUCUUCAUCUACAACGUUAGCUGGUUCUUUGGCUUCUUCUCGUCGGUGGGCAUCUACUUGGUUAUCUCUGCUUUCUGCAGCAGGAGAGGUGGUCGUGAUGACUGCCAGGUGACGCUGUCUUCUUCUUCUCCUCCGGCAUUGGAGGAGCCCCUGUUUCGGCAUUGGACGAUCAAAUUGUAGGCCAUUCGUUUCUCUGUAAAUCUUCAUUCGAAAAUGGGAUGCAAUGUGUUUGCGUUUUCCUUCUUUUAUACGAAAAUGGGACGCAAUGCAUUGAAGGAUCAAUGCAUGGUAUUAUUGUACCAAAAGAAUCAAUUGGAUUUGCACAAGUUCCCAAACAUCGUUAAGCUGCUCAUGCUAA